GUCAAAAUCGAUUUCGUUUUAGUGCAUUGACGUCUUUGCACGGAAAAUUUAUUUAUAAUUUCAAAACGAUUGCUCAAUAAGUUUAAAACCUAUAAUUAUAUAAAUAUAUAGAAUACUUUUAUGGGAAAUAUUAAAUCGAAGACAUAUAGUGACAUCACAAUAUUUAAUAAUUAUUAUUGAAUAAAAAUUCUGGAAGAAAUUUGCCGUAAAACAAAUCAAAGCUGGAGAAAAUUGUGUUAUCACAAAAACAACAAAUGAAAUCCUCAAAAAUGACACAUUUUGACGAUUUUGCAUAUUUGAUAAACCAUGUACUACUCGGAGAGGAGCCGACUAUCGAGGAUUUCAUAUUGCUCGUUGGAACUUUGGUGGCAUUCAUUGCGUUUAUACUUUGGUGCUGCUUUCCCAUUCAAGCAAAGGAAACUGGGAACCAUCGUCAAUUUUCAUGUAAGAGUAUGCAAAACUCUUUAGAUCCAUCGCAGGUGCACAGCAGCUAUAGCAAAAGUACACCCACAUCAGCGCAUAAUGAUUACAAUAUGAAAAACGGUGGCCACGCCUAUCAUUGCUGCACUUGAAUUAAAUAUUGCAAUUUGCAACUAAAGUAUCUGCACUGUUUUAGUGAGUAAUAAUAUACUGGAAGCAAAUUUAGUCAACUGAAAACUAAGCUGAAUAUAAAUGUAAUUAUGUAUAUUUAGGAAAGCUAAGAAUUUCGCUCCUGUUUAUUUUUCUAUAAAAUUAAGGCUG